AGCGCAGCAGGAUGGCUGCCAAGGACCAGUUGGAGGCUCAAGUUAUGGUCGCCCAGGAAAUGGAGCUUACGGGAAAGGCUCCAGUAAGUUAUGAGCAUGAGGAAAGAAAACCUGUUACAGAGACAAAGGAGGGAGAUGUAACUGAUGAGCAUCAGGAAAGAGAACCUUUUGCUGAAACAGAUGAACACGUGGGGGUUGAUACCAAGGAGCUAGAAGAUAUUGCAGCUGACAUUAAAGAGGAUCUUGCUGCAAAGAGAAAAAGGAGUGAAAAGAUUGCAAAAGCUUGCAGUGAAAUAAAGAAUAGAGUUAAAAACGUUUUGAGAACAAUGCAACUAAAAAGGCAGAAACGUGAUUACAGAAUUUCUCUGAAGUUGCCGAAUGUCCUUGAAGAGUUCACCACAGAUGAGCAGAAAGAUGAGGAAGGAGAAGGAGAAAAGGAAGAACAAAUUAAGAUAUUUCAAGAGCAACAAAAGAGGUGGCAACAAGAUAAGAAAGGAACUGAGAGAGAUUGAGCCAUCACACGAGCAGUUCACAAAGAACCGAGGAAUCCAUUAAGGACCUUAUAGAAUGGCAAAUCUUUUUUAACUCUUAAAAAAUUGAUGUUGUUUCCAUCUUUCCGCACCAAGGACUUUGCUUUUACUCAUCAGCGAAAAUAACUUCCGAUGAUUGAGAAGUUACCAAGGACUUAAAGACCUAAAUGUGAGUCAAUUAAUUCCUGCUGGAUUUAAACUUAGUACAAAUCUCA